UCUAGGAGCCUGCCCCACGCCCUCGACUUGUAGUGAUCUUUCGUUGAGCCUUAGCAAAUUGCCCUGUUGCCCAGUUUCGCUCCAAAUGGCAACUUCAAGCUCCCUGACGCUGUCGAGCGCCACCUUUGCCAAACUAUCCCCUCACCCCUACCUCCUAGCGAAUCUGCAGCCCGCAGACGCCUCGGUCCCCUCGUCUCGCACCAACGGACGGCAACCGCAGCAAGCGCGCAGUCCCAAUAUCAACACGUCCUCCCUCUCUCAUGCGCACGGCAGUGCCGUAGUCCGAACUGGCGACACGACCGUUAUCUGCGGUGUACGUGGCGAGACGCUCUUGACCACCGCCAUCCCGAAUUACCGAGCACCUGAUGCCUCAAGCAUGGCGGCCGUAAACGAGGUGCGGGACUACGAUCUCCUCGUUCCUAACAUCGAGUUGGCUACAGGAUGCGCGCCGAAUUUUCUGCCCGGUGUCCCGCCGACUACACUUGCGCAGACACUGAGCACGAGGGUGUACUCGCUUCUGCAGAGCUCGAAGCUGGUGGAUGUCGACCGUUUACGGAUAUAUCAACAAACCGAUUUUGGCAACAAGAGCAAAGAUGAAGAGGAAGACGAGGGUGAGAAAAAUAAAGGAGACGAGAAGCAUGAGGAAGAAGCUGACGAGGAUCUAUCAGCGGAGAAAGUGGUCAAGGCCUACUGGGUGCUGUACAUUGACGUGCUGUUCAUCUCAUUCGACGGCAACCCAUUUGAUGCUGCCUGGGCAGCCGUACUAGCAGCACUACGAGACACUAAGCUGCCUGAAGCAUAUUGGGACAUCGAUCAAGAGCUGGUGCUCUGCAGGCGCACCAAGACGCCUUCGCCGUUGACUUUACAAGGGUUCCCGGUUGCGUGUACCGCGGCAGUAUUCACAGCGAAGGAGAAACAGAGGAAAGGCAGUGAUCAGUACUGGAUCUUGGCAGAUCCUGACAGGUUGGAGGAGAGUUUGUGCGAUGAGACGGUCUCCAUGGUGAUUGACAAGUCAAGCGGGACCACAAAGGUUUUGGGAAUAUCGAAGAGUGGAGGAGUUGUCGUGGGCCCGCGUCUGAUGAGAGAUAUUGCAGCUCUGGCGAACGUAAGAUGGGAUCAAUUCCACAGUGCGAUGAAAUAGUAGAAGCGAAUUCAAUGAUACCCAAUGGCAACAACCGAAUGCGAUAUGC